GAGGUUGUUGGUCCAAACCCUUGGUGGUGAGGCUGGCGAAGCCUGGUUGCCUUGGUGAUAACUGUUUACAGAUAACGGCUAGCACUCGGCAUUCCUGCGCGGGGCGCUGGGGUCCUUGGUUUGCGUACUGAUGUUUGACACAGAUGGUGACAUUCGAGAUUUGCAAAUUUGCCGAGGGUCUGGAAUACUGAGGUGGAAGGCACCUCCGGUGGUGGAGGGCAUGUCUUAUUUCCUUUCCGUGACGCAACCGUUCCACAAAAAGAUGCAAACGUGCAAACGCGUAGUCAACUGAAGAAUUCCCGCUCCUCCCCAAUUUAACUCCGGGAUCGUGGAUCUGCCCUCCCCGCUCUCCCGAAGCUAUUCGGGCCGUGUCCGGAACGCCCCGGAGGGGGCUAGAAUCCGGCAUCCGCCUCUUCGCCCCCAUCCCGCCCGACCUGACGCAAGCGUGCUGACCCGGGAGGGGAAGAGGGAAAGCUUUCCCCGCACACAGCUCGCGGUCCCUGCACCGGGAGGAGAUGCUCGGCCAGGGUCCGGUGUCCGCCUGGACGGACUGCAGCCCUGCCGCAGAGCCUCCGGCAGUGGCCAGGACCGAGGGUGGCGGAGGCGGAUCAGCUGGACAUUCUUAUUACCAGAAUUCCAAAGGUACUGAUGGAAUCAAAGAUGGACACAAAAUGAACUUACACAUAGCCAAGCUACAAGAGUUAUGGAAAACUCCUCAAAUUCAAACAAUUCACAUCACUAAAUCAAUGACAGAUGUGUCCUUUCUAAAGCAUCCAGACCUCACCAUAGGCCAGAAGCAUUAUCUGUGCAGCAUUGCUAAGAUCUGUAAUGUGAACUAUCUGAGGGUGUUAAUGAAGAGGCAGUACAUGCAUAUGAUCCAGCACAACUCUCACAAGCCAGGUGUCCUCACUCAUCACAGGAGCCACCUCAGUUCUCGUCACUCCCAGAAGCAGCAUUACCCCUGUACUACAUGGCGACACCAACUGGAGAGAGGGGACUCAGUGCCUUCCAACAUCGCAGCCGCAUCUGCACCUGAAAUGAUCAUACAGCAUUCCCUUUGGCGACCCAUGAGAAACAAAGGAAGUUUAAAAACUGGAUAUGUGUCUAAAACAAGAUGUAAGUCGCUGAAGAUUUUUAGAAAACCAGGCAGACUGUUCAUGCAAUCAGUUUCUACAAAUGAUUUUGAAUCAUACACCAAUGAAGAAAUAAAGGAAGAUUUUCUAAGUAAGUGUAUGCAAUCAAUGUCAAUUGAAGAACAGGGAGAACAUCUGAUGUUAACUUGACAAUCUUGUCUUAUGUAUUGAUAAUGUGCCAAAGGUAGGGGUAGGGGUAAGGGUUGUGAACUGAUACUGUUAUUCACCAUUAAGUCAUUAAGUAAUUUUGGUUUGUUCAGAAAUGUUUAAACCAUGUAAUUGGUUUGAUGUAGUUCCAUGUUCCAAUGAAAUUUGUGUAAUAAAGUCCCUGUGUAAAUAUAUGCUUUUAUUUCUAGCUAGAUACAAUUAAAAUUUUUGUCACUUAAAAAUUGAAUUAUUUUUUCUUUAAAUCUGACAACUACAUUGUAUAAUUCUCUCUGUGUUUACAAUAAGUCCUAAAACAGCAACAUUAAAAUAUCUGACAAAUAUUUUCUUGAUUUGGCUGAGGAAAAGUCUUGAAAUAUCCUAAUACGGCAUAGCAUUUAAUAGAGAUAACACCCUGGAUUGCAAAGAUGAUGCUUAAUAAAUAUUUGCUGCUUGAAUACAACUUAAAAAUGGAAAUGUCAGUUUGCCCUAUUUUAUGAAAAUUGCUACACAAACACUUGGCCUUUCAAACUAGAUUAAGUUGGGGGUGGUGGUACUAAUGAGAGGAUUCUUUACAUUACAUAUUCAUUCUAGGUUGCUUCCCUUCUAAACAUUAGUGUUAAAAAUAUUUUUUUGUUAAAACUUGAAAAAUAGGGCAAUUUAAAGCAACAGUUUGAAGGAUCUCUCCUGAUUUAAUAUGUCCAUAUGGCAUAUUAUUUAGAAAAUGAAAUCAGAGUCCAACAUUAUGACCCAGAAUAUUCUAAGAAAUGAGAGAGCUCUAAAAAGUCAUCUCAUCACUUUAAUGCU